UCAGCCUUCCAGUGGCCCCGCCCACUUGGCUCUUUCAAGGCAGGAGCAAGAAUUCUUUCCCAGGGCCCAUCCCUCCUGCCAGGAAAGGGGAGCUGCCCCACGACUCCUGGAGGCCUGGGGCUUGGAGGGUCACACUGAGCCCAGGCUGCUUUCAGCAGACACCGACAGACCCCACAGCAGCUCCAGGAGCCCAGGUUCCAGUGGCCAGAGAGAAGACCCAGGAGCUGCCUGCAGCCAUGUCAGCUCUCAGCCUGGUCAUUCUGGGCCUGCUUAUGGCAGUGCCACCUGCCAGCUGUCAGCAAGGCCUGGGGAACCUGCAGCCCUGGAUGCAGGGCCUUAUUGCCGUGGCUGUGUUCCUGGUCCUCGUCGCAAUUGCUUUUGCUAUCAACCACUUCUGGUGCCAGGAAGAGCGGGAGCCCAUGAACAUGGUCAUGACCACUGGAAACAAAGCAGACGGGAUCCUGAUUGGAACUGAGGGUCCAGUGAGCAUGAGAAUGCCUAUGAGAACACCUCGGAGGAGGAGGGCAGGGUUCACAGCACCCCGAUGUGACCCCUGCUUGCCUGUGAUGGAUGGCCUGCUUCACCCAGCCCCCUCCUUCUCUAUACCAGAACUGCAGUAAGGAGCCAAAUCCUCCAACCCCCACAUCUGCCUUGUCCUAGCCAAGGUCAGAGCUCAGACUGUGUCCAGGCUGGGGCUCAGCUGUGGCCCUGGGGUCCUGGGGGGGUGGUCUCCUACCCAAUUCAACUCAGAAGACCCUCCAUCCUGACUCACAUCUCCUGCGCCCUGACCCUGGCAACAGCCCCUAUUUCUGUGAAAUAAAGACAAGGUGUACUUCUGGGUCUGAGUCCCAGGGCCCAGCCCCUCAGGCUUCCA